AUGGAAACCUAUCAAAGUAUACCCUUGGAUUUCAAUAAAACUUUAAAUGAAAAAGUAGAAACAUUUGAAAAGGAAACAAUUAGGAUAAAAAAUGAAUUAGAAAUUUAUAAAUCAGCAUUUGAAAAUAGAGAAUUUGAAAAUAUAAAUAAAAAUAAUAUUAAAUGGAGAGAAGAAGCGUUUUAUCAUAUUUCAAAUUUAAAUGAAUCUGGAAUAAAAUUACUUUCCCAAAAAGAUUAG